AAGAAAAUUAGACCGGAGUGGGAUUACACCCGAAUUUUAAUUUGCAACUAACACAAAUAAAGAAUUUAUCUACUUCAUUGUGGAUUGCAGCAGCUGAAAUUUACUGAUUUUGUAUGCCAUGAACUCAGGAAGAUCAUUUACAGAGGCUAAAACUGGCUACAACAGCAAAUCUUUUUCAUCUGUUUAUGCUCGUCAGCCACCUCGAAUCCUGAUUGUGGAUAUUACACCUCCUUUCUGGUCUGAAAUAUCUGUAAACCUUUGUGAGGCACUAGAAAAUGUCUUCUCCAUCACAUGCAGCUUGGCAGGAACAUGUCGUGUACCACUUUUUAGUCUUUAUGUGGUACAAAGCAAGCACGAAUGUCUUCUUCCAUUUUUGCAAGUUAAAGGAAAUUUUCAUAGACUUCAUUUAUGCAUUGCUGAGCUUCGGUCAAUGCCCCAGGAAGGUAUAACACGACAGAAGCCAGACACCUUCAGGUAUGCUAUAGAAGAUGGACUUCAACAGUUCAAACAGUAUGCAAAGCAUAUGACUGCAGGAGGCACUUUAAACAACUGCUCAGUUGAGAUUACUGUUAUGACCAGCCAGCCUGGAAAACAGUUAGUGAAGCACAUAGAAGCUGGAAUUAGUGACAUAGACCUAGUUAGCCUGAGGCGACUAGAGGUUGUGCAUAUUUCUAGGGUAAACUCAACAGACAUCAUGGACAUAGAGUGGAGUUCAGAAUCUAGUCCCCACACAGAAAAAACAAAAUCAGAUGAUAACUGCAUUCUUGGAACAGACAUUGAUCUACUGACUGUGGAGAAUGAGUGUACCUCUCUGGAGACCUUUUUCAAGGCCUGGUUACAUGACCAUGGAACAGACAAAGAACACCUACAUCUUCUCCUUCCUACAGGAGAUUUCAACAACUGUGCUGCAGUCAGAAAUUCUCAUGGGGACAAAACCAGUCCAAUGUGCCUAAAGUGUGAUAUGCAGGAGAGACUUCUUAGCCCAGCAUUGCUUCCUGGUACAGCUGACAUCACGGUGAAGACUGAGAACAUUAAAGAUUUCCAUAUCUCUAGCAAGGUUACAGCUGCUUCAUCUGUACCUCAGUACAAACUCAGAGUUAUUAGGGCUUUGAAAUCUGAAGGUGUGUGUGCUUCUGUGAUUUAUGGACUACCAUUGAUUAUAAGACCUACUAACUGCUGGCAACUUGACUGGGAUGAACUAGAGACAAAUCAUCAGACCUUCCAUGCACUUUGUCAUAUUUUGCAGAAAAGAGAGUGUAUGCUGUUAGCUCGUUGUGAACCCCAGACUAUAGGUCCCAGCUGGAAUGUUGCUGUCUCUGCUUAUUAUGUUAUACUUCCAUCCAGUUCUUUGACUCUCCUGUUAAAGCCUGUGGCAGCAAGAGAGAUUUUACUACCAUGUGAGCUUCCUGUUUCUUCUGAAGAACCCCCAGAAGCAGCAAUUAACAAAAUAGAGAAUGCCUUAGAAUGCCUUGAAGUGGAGCCUACUUUCAACCCUCUUAAUAUACAAAAUAAUCUUUAUAAGCAUCUGAAGACCCUUCUGACCAGAGGUCCACACAGGCAGCCAGUUCAACAUACCCAGCGGAAGGAACAGCAACAGAACAAGCAGAACACAAACAAAGUUAAAGCUACAGUGGCUCCACUGGCAGCAGCUCGUAUGCCUGCAAAUCCUCCAAAGAGUUACAGGCCUGCUCUUACUUUGGACAGCUCCUAUGAUCUUAUCCUCUUCUCUGAUGAUGAUGAAUUCUGAAAUAUGUACAGUUGCCUGUGACUAAGAUGAAAAUUCAAGGAGUCAACCAAUCCUUGAAGCAGAAUUAACCAUCAGCUUUUAUUUCAAGAGUGUGUAAACAAGUAUAAUAUUUAUUUGCAGUCUAAUAGCUAGGAACAGUGUACUUUUUCUAAUGUCAUUUUAGUGCCUGACCAACUGAAUUGUUCUAUUUUCUGUGUUUCAGCACAAAACCAUAUAUGUUUUAAGAGACACAGUCAAAAUGCCUUUUAAAAUUGAUAGGAUGUACAGUGCUUACUACUGAAAUGUUCAUAAAGUCAAAAGCCUUACAUAUGUGAUUUUCUUUUUGAAAAUGUAUCUCCCAGUACUGAUAUGUCUAUGACUCAUAUGUUUACAAAUGGCAGUAAACAUAAAUUUACCAUGAAACAAGACUGUAUCCUGUAUGCUUUCCAAAAUGUGGCUUUGCUAGAUUUAAUGAAGUAAGAUGGAUGGCUGUAGCAUUUGCCAUGCAUGUUAAUUACCCAGGCAGGAAAUACUGUUUUUGUAAUGUCAUAACUUUAACAUAAAAUUUCUGUUUCUUUGUUACUGUUAGUAUGCACUUUCAUAGACAAAUGUAUUUAUAUGUAAUGAGAGAAUUUAGUAUAGGAAAUGAAAGUGCUAUAACGUCAUAAACGUAAUAUACUAAAUAUUCUUUGUUCUGGAGAGAGUCAAUCCACACGUCCAUGUGUAAGACACCUGCAUAUGCCAACACAAUAGCAGUAUUGUUUCUUAAGCUACUGUACUUAUGUUGUAGCUUACAAACACAGCAUCUGCUUGCCUCUGCGUUUUGUGGUCUGAUACAAAGACAAAAACAGAAAGGAUAUUUAACAGGGUUUUUUUUUUUUUUCAAAAGGCCUUGCUUUCAGAAUCUAUAGUGUAUCCUGAGUACUAAUAAGAUAACAUUUCCUUUGCCUGCAGUAGUUACUUUAAAUAAUUCAUGACACUUUUAAAUUGGCAGAAUACUGCACAUAGUGAUUUCAUUGAGAUGGGCCUUGGUGUUUACAGGGUAGUAGCUACCUACCCCCAGAGAUGAGGUAAUUAGGUAAAUAAAUUCCUUUAGAUGCACAGUAUGUUUGCUAUAGUCCUGUCCAAGGCUGACAUUAUUGAAGCAGCCUCUAGAGUGAUUCAUUUGAUUGAGAAGUACUUUCCUGCUGUGAAGCUGGCAGCCACUCUGGGAAAGUAUAUGAACCCACAGUGGUUAAGUAAUUACAAGCAAUGAGGAUUUCAGAGUUGCUGUUCUGCAGUGUAGUGCAUGUGUGUAAUUUUUAUUUCUCCCUCAAGGGCUAUAUAUGUUUGAGCUAGGUAAAUCCAUGGUGGUGUAGUGUGUCCACUGUAGCCUUGCCAAACGUCUCUGGAACGAGUUGUUGUGAGCUCUGCAUAGUUGCAGACUCAUGUGAUCUAACAAAAGAUGCAUCUUUGUUCCAAAGUACAACAAGUGUGACAAGCAGGAACAAGUGAGCAAGCACCAGGGAAUUUAGCUAGAAAUAAAUAACUGCAAGUUGCCUUUCUGUUUUUACUUCCUUCAUGCAAGCAUAUUAGAAAUGGUAACUUUAGAUGGAGGGUAAAAUAUGCAUUACAGUUAGUGAUACAACCAGAUUUAAAAAUAUAGAUGUCCUUGACUAUAGAAAGCUGAAAUUAAAAAAAAUAAUAAUACUAUUCUUGAGACGGGGUUGCUUUUAAUUAUCAAACCAGCCCUGAACCAAAGUAUUUUCUUCAAUUUAAACUUCUUCUCGGCUCAUAAGUAAAUGGUUUUACAAAUUUUGUACCAGUUAUUUCAGAAAAAAGGAAAAAGGUUACUUGAUUAGAUAUUUUGUUGUUACCUUAAUAAAGCUGACAUUUAGAGAAUCAGCAGCUAGAGUAAAUAGAUAACUUAAAAUAACCUAAUAGACAGGAAUACCCAGUUAGUGUAAUAUAUGUGAAAUAUAUACUCAUGAUGAGAAUAUGAUGAAUUUGUUUGACAGUUUCUAGAAAGUAUAAAUAUCUCCUGAAGGGGUAUGAUGUUAACAGGAUUCAGCAAGCCACAUCAUAUGUUGAUGUACAAGUCAGCAUGGACUUACUGCAUGUUUGCAUUGUGUCAUUUAGUGCUCCUGUGAUUGUGGUUGAUACUCCUUGUCUGCAAUUUGAAAUGCAGUUACAUCCAAAUGUCAACAUUAAUAAAGAGGUAUAAUCAUCUGCAAAAUAUCACAAAACUAUCAUCUGAUGCAUUAAUUAUAGAUGCAGCUCAUAACCUGGAAACACAUCCUGGCACAAUCUUGUUAUCUGUCAAAGUAUGGAUGAAGCAGUUCCCAGCAUAAGCUCUCAGGGACCACAGCAUUCAAAGGCUCGAAUGUUAAGAGAAAAGCCACAAAUGAAGAGGCCAGGGAUAAUAAGAACACUAAAAUAUCAUGAUCAAGUGACACACCAGCACCA